AUGCAUAGACGACAGCUCAUCAACCUGGCCCGACCAACGACGUCCUCAGCGCCGCCGAGGCCACAAUGUACUCCCUUCACGCUGCCCUCGAACGGAGUGCUGACUCUGGGAGUCUCGUCGGUCAUCACCCUCACGUCGGAUGCGGUUUUCACACCGGAGUGUACCGGCUCGAGCGACGUACUCCUCACCAAUGGUAACGGGUCGCCCCAGUCCUUCAAAGACCUGCGCGAUCCGUUCUAUGCCUCGAUCAUACCCGAGUGCUAUGCGCUUGCGUCGGCGACGGUGAUUGCAUAUAUGCUUGUCAUUAUGCUUUUCAUCACCCCAAGGACCUUUUUACACGAUGGCAUGAUUAUACUGGGACGGCGAGGUUUUACAAAUGGCCCUUCUGGCAGCGAUACCGCCGGGGUUGGAAUCGGUGGGCGGCCAUGGCUUCAGAAAGUGGCAGCAAUGACGGUGGCUAUAUCUCUUACGAUCGCAACAGCAGAUAGCUUCCGAGUGGCAGAACAGCAGUAUGAGAUGGGACUCAUGGACGCCACUGCGCUCCAGACUGAAGUUGAGGAUGGGAUGGAACUGAAGAUUAUACGCGUCAUAUCCGACACAUUCCUCUGGCUGGCCCAAGCCCAAACUCUGAUAAGACUAUUUCCCCGCCAAAGAGAAAAAAUCAUCAUCAAAUGGACGGCCUUUGCUCUCAUUACGCUGGACACGCUGUUCAGUAUCCUGAACAACUUUGUUUACAAUGGGAAUUCACGGCCGCGCAGCUUCGUCGAUGCCAUCCCUGCUCUGGCCUACCUUUUCCAGCUAGCUCUUAGUCUGCUUUACUCGGCGUGGGUUAUCUACUAUGCUCUCACAAAGAAGCGAUAUGCCUUCUAUCAUCCAAAGAUGAAGAAUAUCUGUCUUGUGGCGUUGCUAUCUUUGGUUGCAGUCUUGGUACCGACAGUCUUUUUUGUAUUGGACAUAUCACAGCCAACGCUUGCAGGAUGGGGAGAUUAUGUUCGAUGGGUUGGUGCAGCGGCAGCCAGCGUGGUAGUCUGGGAAUGGGUGGAAAGAAUCGAAGCCUUGGAGCGAAAUGACAAAAAAGAUGGAGUCCUAGGAAGGGAAGUAUUCGACGGGGACGAGAUGCUUGAAAUAACACCUUCAUCGGAUUCUGGCUUGGGUCGAAGAAGAGGCCAAAAUGACGAUGGUGGUGGUGGUAAUGGUGUCACCACGGGCUCCAACGGGGUAUCAUGGCCUGCUAUGGCUGGCAUCGCGAGUCGUUAUCGACCGCGUGCCUCCGCUUUGCGAGAAUUUGAGAGAACGAAUAACCGAAACAAACCUCUUCGAAAGGCCACAAAACGAAUAGCUCGGGCCCGGCCGCCUUUAUGGCCAACGCGACCUCCACCCGCACUUACGCCUGUCAGCAGAACAGAUACCACAAGCGCUGAAAGCACUGUCUAUGCGGUCCGAUACCACCCUAUCAGCGAAUCAACCCCACCUGCUAGAGAAGCCGAGAGAUCUUCGGAUGUACCUGGGACUGACAGCAUCGAAGUUACUGGCGCGCCAAUAAUCAAUCAAGUUGGCGUACCCGACCCUAACAAACCAGUCACUAUUGAGCAAAUGGAGGAGGUCCAAGAAGGGCCCGGUGCAAGACAACGCCCAAAUAUUUUACGGAAUCUUGCAAACGCAAACCUUUUCCGAAGGAAAGUUCAGGGCCCACCCCUGGAAGUCUCCGCGCACACAACAAGACCAGAGGAGCCUGUCAAUUCCCAUGAACCGACCUACGGAUGGGACAUUCGCCGAAGAUUUGGGGAGUUUGCAGCGACGCAGGCGGACAGGUACCAUGAUAACGCUCGGCCGAAAGUCAGCGCUGCUCCUCUCCCAGUCACAGUAAUUCCGGCGCCUCCUCGACGGCAUAACCUCCAAGCCACAUUGGAGGAAUUGGAAAGUGCUGAGAGAGGCGAGAUGCCACAGAACGAUCCCGGAUCAAGAUACAUACCAUCAAUUGGUCACAGCCGAACCUAUCCAGACGAACCUUCGCGGUCUCAAAGACUAAGCGACACGUACACAUCCAAUAGUGUCAACCGGCAGUCUAUACACCAGCGAGGGGCUGUAUCCUUCGUCACUACAGAGCGAGACCGACAGGCGGAAGCUGAGGAAGCCCCACUAUCAUCGAUGAGCGGAGACAGAGAUGGGAGUGGACCUCUUCCUUCUCACAGUAGUACCAGCCGAGCCCGAACUCCCGCCUCGCCGCUAAGAGAUGGCCUACCUGUCGUGAGCAUUCCUGCUCCCCCUAGGCGCCCGAGACCUCCCGAUGACGGUUAA